AUGCCCGUUAUUGAGGCCAUACCAUUUGCAUUAGAUCGCGAUUCUCUGCAAUAUCAAGGAUUAAUCAGUAAUUUGCCUGACGAGAUUCUGAUUCACAUUCUCUCAUUUCUCACAACCAAAGAAUCAGUUGCAACAAGCAUUCUUUCAAAGAGAUGGAUUCAUCUAUGGCACCAUGUUCCUAAUCUCAUUUUCCCCAACAUUACAGUAAACGGCAUUCAAUCCAAUUACACUUUCAACGAGUUUCUCUUUUCUGUUUUAAUCGCUCUUGACACCAAUUUCAUCAACACUUUCCACCUACACAUUCAUUACAGUAACCCUAAUCUUGCUUAUCAUCUCAGCUUUCCCAAUGUCACUAAAUGGAUCAACCUCGUUGUUCAACGCAAACUCAACCAUCUUCAUCUCCAUCUCGAUAAUGGUAACUUUUAUAAGUUUCUUCCUAAAUUGCCCACUAGCAUCUUCACCUGCAGAACCCUUGUUAGUCUCAAUCUCUGUUGGUUCCGUGUGAAGGGGUUUUCUUUUUCUGUAAAUGGAAUUCAACUUCCCUCGCUCACAUUCCUUCGUUUGGUAUCCAUUAAGUUCUUACAAGUUAAUGAUUUUGUGUUGCUUCUAGCUGGAUCACCAAUUCUUGAGGAUCUUGAAGCGUCUGAUAUACAGUUCUAUGAUGCGAAAGAUUAUCUUACCAUUCAAGAGUAUAAAAACUUAAGCUUUCCCAAAUUGACUAGAGCACAUACUAGUGUAUUUUGGUGUGAUUUUCCGGCAAGAGCAUUUUCUAAUUCAGAGUCUCUGAGCAUCGAUACAACAUUGUACACAAAUGAAGAGGUCCGUUUUAAUGUGAAUAUGAUGCAUGAUACUCAAUAUUUUUCAUUGUUUCCGUUUUUCAAAUAAUUUACGCACAUAUAAGUGUUGUGUCCGGUGUUGGUGUCUAAUUUACACACAAAUAAUUGAACACAAUCUAUUGAUGGAGUGGGAUGGAAAACACAGUAGAAAUGUUAUUCAUAUGCAUUUUCUUUUGAGAACUUUUCCCUGAUUUGAUGGUGUGCCAUUCUAAAUAAUUUAAGUGAAUCGGCUGCAGCUUGAUGACAUUUAUAU